UGUGCUUUGAUGUGCGUCAAGGCGGGACGUGGCCUAUAAGUACAGAGGAGCAUCUUGAGGAACCUCUCUUACCUGCAUGCCAACUUGACUCAGCAGACGCUUCUACCGGCCUGAGAUCAUCUUGACGUCAUGUGGGGACACUUCUCCAUCGAGUGGAUGGCACAAAGCAGCCAGACCGCCGCUACCGACCCCGCUGCCACACCCGCACCCACGGCCUGCGGGACAGAUGCUGAGAGUCUGCCUGGUUUUUACUGCCGUCCAAAAAGCCAGAGUGGACCUCAGCAGGAACGGCAUGAUGCCAGAAAGCCUGACCUUCGUUUUUAUGGACCAUCCAACAGCAGCAUGCAGCAGCCAGGAUGCCAGGUGGGCUACGUUGUGGUUGUGUAUUUUAUGGUUCGUUUUCUUCUUGCAGGGUCUGAGGCAGGUUUCAGCAGUGGGACAGAGGAGGAAACGUCAGGUUACGAGAGCGAGGGUGAGCAUUCCAUCUCACCGUCAGCCCAUAACACGGACAUCGCCCCCACCUCCUUGCCGUCAACCCCCCCCUCAGGGAGGAGACCCCGCACGGCCUUCACGGCGGAGCAGAUCAGCAGCUUGGAACGAGCCUUCAAGAGGAAUGCCUACCUGGGGACGCAGGACAAGGCAGAGCUCUGUAAGAAGCUCAACCUGUCUGACAAACAGAUCAGAAACUGGUUCCAGAACAGGCGCAUGAAGCUGAAAAGGACAGUACAGGAUGCGCUGGCGCACGCCUGCCAGGCCAACACCGUGUCCCACUUCACGCCGUACUCGGAGCUGCAGGCGUUCAGGCCGGCGCCGUAUUCCAGGUAUCACUUGGCAUCGCCGCAGGACACAGCUGCCACUUUUGCUCAUCCUCACGGCCUUCAGUACGCCUCGCCUCUGCCAUCCGCCAUCUCUUCGCUGCCUCUGGAUUCCCUCUACCAAUAUGGCGGCCUGCCCGCCACGGUGUUGCCCGCUGCCACACCCACUCCUCUCAUGGGCCCCUACCCAGCAUACUCUCAGUACUACUGACUAAUGCUUUUAUUUUGAAAGAGGAAGACGUGUGUGUCUGAUAAG